ACCCCCGUGACGCCUGAAUCAUUUCGAGCCUGGAAGGAAAGGUUUGAUAAGGAACGGAGAGCGCUCGUUGAGAAGAAGGAAAAGGAACGUGAAGCAGCGCUAGCUGGUAAAUUGACUGGACGGCAGUUAUUCUUGAAGGAUGCGACGUUAAGUCUUUCCGAUGUGGCGCUGAUCGAGCAAAGUGUGGAGAUAGACGAAUCAUUGUUCGAUGAGGAAAUCGAUGGACUCGAGCUCGAUUCGGAUGAGGACUAA